GGUGUCGUUGCUGGUCACUGAAUAUUCUCGUUCCUGAUGGUGAAGGCCGAAAGUGCAGAGUCUAUUCCCCCCUCCUCGGAUUAUGUCUACAAAUGAAGGUUUAUCAAGUAAUCUAUCAGAGUCAAAUAGUGUACUGGAACUGCCAACUACUUACAGUUUACCAAAUGUAGGUGACCAGCUGAUGUCUGAUGAAGAUAUUGCGAGCAAACAUUCAGAUUCUAUUGGUAUCACUUCUGCCUCAGCGACGCCCAUCAUAAAUACAGAUUCCAGUCCCUCAAACUCUGAAGAUUGCAACUCCUCCAUUGGGGUAGCAGAAUUGCACACAAACACAGAAGGUGAGCAUCGGCAUAUCAACAUUGCACAGAUAAUGGAACAUUUUUACCAAGAUGCAGGAGAAAGGAAAUUGGAGUCUGACCCUGUGUCAGAACAAAUUGCACAUCUGCUGACCUCAAAGAUUUCACAACUGAAAGAAAAGGGAGGUGGUCAGUAUUUGCUGCGAAGCUUCCAAAUGGCCCUGGUUUUGCUUUCCAGGCAUGGUGCCAACAUCUUCAAAAUAGGAAAUUGUAGAGGUGGGCAUUUCUCCUCCUCCGUCAAUUCUGCAGAAUUCAGCUCUUUGCCUGGACUCUCAAAGGAUGUUGUCUGUUUUAUUCAGCAGGAGAUUUCAAAAUCUGCAAAUACAAUGAUAUGA